UUGUGCUGUGGCCCCGGUGGCUGUUUACCUGCAGAUGCUACUAUUUCCCGCUCGUUGUCCACAGGUGUGCCUCAGUUGUCGGUAUGUUCUCUAAUCCACACCGAGCAGCUCUCGGCGGGCUGUAUGUGCUCGCCGCCCUGCUCCACGCUGCUUCAGGAGAAACGGUGUUCGAAAGUCGCUCCGGAAUGAUCCAGGAGCUCCGGACGGCUCUGGCUGACCUGGCCGGGGAGCAGACGGUGCAGUCGGUACAGAAGGCUUUCACUCAAGUCCUGGGUGUGGUUGCUGGGAGUUUGGCUGGUGGUCUGAACGUGCUCCUGCAGUAUGUGUCACACUUCCUGCAGGCUGCUGGAGUCCAAGUGGUCCUCCCCCUCAGCAGAGUGACUCCAGAUGGGCUGAUCUUUGUUGCUCAGUGGGUUCUCGUGGCUCUCGUUGGCUACUGGCUCAUCUCCCUCGCUUUCCGAUUGGUCGCCUCCACUGUGAAGCGGGCCCUGUGGCUGCUGAAAGUGGGUGUGGCCUUGGCCUGUUUCGGGCUCAUCCUGAGUGACCACAGCGUGGGCACAGAAGCCAUGGCUGUGCGACUGGCCGGCCUGAUGUGCGUCUGCGUCCUGCUGGGCGUUGGAAGUGGGUGGGGCUCUAAGGCGGCUGAUAGAAUGGCUCACCUCGAGGAGCAGCUGAAGGUCCUGGAGCGGCAGCUCAGAGAGAUGGAGGGGUGGAGGAGGAUGGAGGAGUGAAGCUCUGUACGUCUUCCUGUAAAAACACAGAUGUGACGUGAAUCUUUUCUCCUCCCUCAGCAGGAAGACAAACCAUCACAUCUACAUCACCACGCCGACGACACCUCGUCCGUCCCGCUCAGUGACACCUGAAGGAGCUUCUUCAGAUUUGGUACAAACAUUCACCAGGACUCAAGGAUGAAAGGUCACUGUGACCUCACCAGACAUGUUAUAACUCAAGAAUUAAUUCACUAAUUAUGACACUAUUUAACUCAAAUGUCUGACAGAAUAAAAUGGUGAAGUAAUGACAUUUUAUAUCGAAAAGGUUAAAGGUUAAACUUCACUGUGACAUCAUAAUGUUCAGUAAAAACACCUCUGGUCAUCACUCCUGUCACACUGUAACUCAGGAAGGAGAGACUGUGACUAUGUUUCUGACACUUGAGUUGAUUCCAGCUCAGUGAUGACACAGACUCUAGAUGUUCUCAGUAAAUGUUUCAGGGCAGAGAGAGAGCAGGCAUUUCAAGUGUUAUUUGAAAAGCUGUCCUUGCCUUACUUGUGGAGUGGGAAGUGUCUGUGCCUGUCAUGUAGUUGGUCACAUAGUACCAUUGUAUUUAAAGCUGUUUGCGAGGUCCAAAGCCAGAGACUUUUUAUAUCUUCUGAGAUGAAUGUGCAGGGAGAAAUGCUGUUUCCAUAUUCUAAUAAAAAUUCAAUCUAAUGUUUCACA